AGGCUUGUGACGUGCACUCCGAAGCGCUUAGUUGAGGUUUUGCAGCGGUUCCAAUUGCAUGGAAGACCGGUGAUCGAGCGCGUUCAGUGUAGUGGCAAGCAACAGCAACAACAGUAAAAACUUUGAAUUUAAAAAUUGUUUGUGAUCGUGCGGCAACGUCUAACGGAGAACGCGAUUUUCAACUCAAUUCUAGUCUAAAUACAUACGUACACACAUAUGUACAUAUUGUUUAUUGUUCGGCAUAUGUAAAUUGAGGGUGUUUUAUUGUUGUUUAAAUGGACAAACGCCAAAAAAUCUCACGCAUGCAAUAUUGAAGUAGUGAUCUAAAUAGAAGCAAACAAACAUACAUACGUGUACAUACAUACACACAUAUGCAUAUGUUUAGUAGCUUAAUUAGAGAAGUGAAGAUGCGAAAAAGUUUUCAUUUCUUCCAUUGUUUUUGUUUUACGAGCUGAGUGUGAAGAAUGUUAAGCAAGAAGAAGAAGAAUAUGUGAAUAAUACAUACGUACAUACAUAUGUACAUGAUAACUGUGAAAUAAUUUAUCACGAAACGUAAAUAUGUUUGCAUGUAAAUAACUUGCAUUGUGUGGCAGAGACAAUAUAAUUGGUCCGCUCAUUAAAUUGGUCAUCAGACAGACGCUUAUGUGGGUUUAUAAAUGUAUUUAAAAAAUACUCUGAAGCCGAAAUAAAAACAACUAAAAACAAAAAAAUUGUGAAUAAAAAUACUUUAAAAUGACAACAACAACAAGUGGACUCCUGCAGUUGGUCAUUGGUGUGUUACUUCUAGUGACCACAGCACAUGCGGCCGAUGAAAGCGUCAAAUGGAUCUGCACCUCAACAGAUUUAUGCGUCAUCGAUCAAGCGUCUAAUAUUGGUGACGUCAAGCGUUUCGAGAGUCAGAAUGAUUGCCGUUUAUCCUGCGGCCGAUAUGGUGCCAUUUGGCCAAUGCCCACCGGAGAUUGUAACUUAUCGAACGAACGCAUUCGCUUCGACCCAUGGAAAGUGCGUUUCAAUGUGGUGGCGCCAGAUGCCGCUAGUACACAAUAUAUGCGUGAAUCAAAUCGCAUAUUCCUGAGUAAUAUUCUCAAGGAGUGCAUACGGAAUUGUUCACUGCCAAGCAGUAAAGAGGUGUACGUAAAGACGACAGUGAGUACGAAUAGUCUGGUACUGGAUUGGGGCACCAACGAAACGUAUCAGCUGAGUUUGCGAACCACAGAUAUGGCGACCUUCGUCGAUGUCAAAGCACAAACAGUUUACGGCGCCAGACAUGCGCUGGAGACAUUAAGUAAUCUCAUAACAGGGAGUAAGAAUAAUGGUCUCGUGAUGGUCAAAGCAGCGCGAGUUCGUGAUGGUCCUAUAUAUCCUCAUCGUGGCUUGCUUUUGGACACUGCCCGUAAUUAUAUGCCACUGAAGGUGAUAAGUCGAGUUCUGGACGGUAUGGCGGCAUCAAAGCUGAAUGUGCUGCAUUGGCAUGUGGUUGAUACCCAGAGCUUUCCGUUGGAAAUCACCAGAGUACCAGAAUUACAACAAUUCGGCGCCUACCACCCCGACUUGGUUUACUCCCGCACCGACACUCAGAAUAUGGUACGUUAUGCGCGUCUGCGCGGCAUACGCAUCAUCAUCGAAAUCGAUGGGCCCUCACAUGCGGGCAACGGUUGGCAAUGGGGUCCCAUGUCCGGACUGGGCAACAUGGCUGUGUGUGUUAAUCAACAACCCUGGCGUUCGUAUUGCAUUGAGCCACCGUGUGGUCAAUUAAAUCCACUUAACGAGAAUAUGUAUGGCAUAAUGAAGGAGAUCUACGAAGAUCUUGUCGAGGUCAAUGCACCGGAAGAGACGAUACACAUGGGUGGUGAUGAGGUGUUCAUACCAUGUUGGAAUCGUACAGAAGAGAUCACGCGUCGUAUGCAUGAUACGGGUUUUGAUUUGAGUUUACGUAGUUUUUAUAAAUUGUGGGCAGAAUUUCAUCAAAAGAACUUGGAUUCAUGGGAUAAUGUAACGCAACGACAGUAUGCGACACGUAAUCAGGUACCCAAAUCGGUGAUAUUGUGGUCGAGUCAUUUAACAGAUCCAGAAAUCAUAACGGAGCACUUGCCCAAAGAGCGUUACAUCAUACAAACAUGGGUGGAGUCAGAUAAAACGCUUAACAACGAUUUGUUGCUGAAGGGUUACCGCAUUAUAGUUUCAACAAAGGAUGCUUGGUAUUUGGAUCAUGGUUUCUGGGGACGUACGGAGUAUCAUAAUUGGAAAAAGGUUUAUGAUAACCGCAUGGAAGUGCAUCCGCUGGUGUUGGGUGGAGAAGUUUGCAUGUGGAGUGAGUUUGUGGAUCAAACGUCUGUGGAGUCACGUAUAUGGCCACGUGCUGGCGCUGCUGCAGAACGACUAUGGGCGAAUCCGAAAUUGUCCAGUCUGCUAGUGCAGACAAGAUUCUUGCGCUACCGUGAGCGACUUUUAUCACGUGGUAUUAGGUCCGAUGCAGUUAUACCGAAAUGGUGUGUGCUAAAUGAGGGUCAGUGUUUGUAGAAAUGUAUGUGUAUAUUUAUUAAAAUUUGUACAAGAAAUAAAAAAGUUGUAUAUAUUGUUUUUAAUA